UCCAGGUUUCUUGCAGGCAGAACAAUGAACGAGUGGGUGCCCAUCGCUAAGGAGUACGACCCCCUCAAAGCCGGAAGCAUCGAUGGCACCGAUGAAGAGCCUCACGACCGGGCGGUCUGGAGGGCCAUGUCAGCCCGCUAUGUCCCCAACAAAGACGUUUCCGGAGACCCUCACCUGACCCUCUUUGUAGCCCGUCUCAACCUGCAAACCACGGAAGAGAAGUUAAAAGAGGUCUUCUCCCGGUACGGAGACAUUCGGAAAAUCCGCCUGGUUCGGGAUCUGGUUACGGGUUUCUCCAAAGGCUACGCUUUUAUCGAGUACAAAGAGGAACGGGCCCUGUUGAAAGCCCACCGCGACGCCAACAAGCUGAUCAUCGACCAGCGGGAAAUCUUUGUCGACUUUGAGCUGGAAAGGAGCCUCAAAGGGUGGAUCCCCCGUAGGCUUGGAGGUGGUUUCGGAGGGAAGAAGGAAUCGGGCCAGCUGCGGUUCGGAGGCAGAGACAGGCCUUUUAGGAAGCCCAUCAACUUGCCUGCCAUGAAGAACGAUUUUUACAGCGAGGGGAAAAGGGAGCGGGCUUGGUCCCGGGGAGACUCGAGGGAUCGGAAGGCCGGGGAACGAGAUUACGAGCGAAGCCGGGAGCCCCGGCGAUCGGAACGGGAACGGUCGUGGGGAUACGGCAAGAGCGAGCGACACCUGGAACACCGCGUCAGGGAAGACCGAGGAGGCAGAGCCACGGAAGGGAGGGAGCGGGAGAGGAAAGACCGGAACCGCGAGGCCAAAGACGGCAAGGGAUGAAGGCCGCGCCACACCGAUGGGACAUUUUCGUCAAACGCUGCUCAGUUGAAGGAGAACAUCAGAAGCAUAGAACUUGCUUCUGAGCCAAGGUGGUUGGUCGUCUGGAACCAGCAGAGACAUUGUGGCAGGAAUGGCAGCUUCCCAGCUGGAGAAGAGUGAAUGUUGUGCCCUCGCUUGAUCGUCGCGCCUGUGUCUUAUUCCAAGAUCUGCUGAACGACGGAUCCCAAAUUCUCAACAUUGAUACUACCGCCUGUUAUAGCUGAAGUGCCAAAAAAGGAGAGAGGGAUGGUUUAGGAUUGCCACUCCCAUCCCACAUCCUUUAAUUCUUGAAAAGGUCUGGAUUAAAAUAAGGCCUUGAAAGCUUCCUCAAGGCAGAAGGGUAGCUGUUACCCUAAAACAAGGGUCUCCAAACUUGGCAAGUUUAAGACUUGUGGGCUUCAACUCCCAGAAUUCCUGAGCUGACAUGACUGGAGGAGGAAUUCUGGGAGUUUGAAGUCCACAAGUCUUAAAGCUGUCAAGUUUGAAGACCCCUGCCCUAAAAAGUGAGGUGGGAUUGAAUUGUAGAGAUGGGAUGUGGGAGGACUCGGACCAAAAGACCAUUUACCAGUCAAGUGAAAUCACCCGGAGGCCUCUUGUUAAUUCAGAAAUAAGUUUAUUUAGCAUAUUAAAAAGAGUUCUACGGUUUGAUAUUGUUCUCUCUACUAGUCCCAGCCAAAUCUUCUUUAUUGCCUUUUAACUAUCUAACACCCUGAAUCUUGAAUAAAAACUUAAGCGUCUUCUUUGCAUAUCCUGUGGUUGCAUGAUUGCUGUUAUCCUAGAGAGCAUGGCUGUCGAAAAUCGGCAACUGUUGAGACUUGUGUGGACUUCCAACUCCCAGAAUUCCCCAGGCAGCAUGGCUGGCUGGGGAAUUCUAGGAAUUGAAGUCCACAGGUCUUAAAAUUUGCCAAGUUUUUACACCCCUGCCCUAAACCAUCCCAGAUAAUUGUGUUAAGAGAGAAUACAGAGGGUGGGGGAAUAUUCAGUAAAGGGUUAACCCGUGAAGUGUGCAAAGCAACUUAAAAUUCAUAAAGGGCUGUUUGGAUGUGUUUAGAAGUGUCCUGAGCAUUUCCUGUUGGUUGGGGAAUUCUGGGAGUUGAAAGUCCACACCUUUUAAAGUGAAAAAA